AUGGGUGUGAAAGUAGCAACAACCUCCACCUUUCAUCAAUGGGUGACUCAUCCCAUAGUUCAUCAUUCAUCUUCCUUUUCUCAAACCCUUGCUUCCUCCUCCGCCGUUUCAUCUCCUUCCAGACGACGGACCAUCGGAAACGAAGGACGUUCUAUGACUUGCCGCUCCGUCGUGCAUAACCCUUCUUCUUCUUCUCCGUUUGGAACUUCUCCCACGAAUCUCCGAUACUCCAAGUCCUCCUGUGAGCUCUGGGAAUCAUCAAGACGAACCAAAACUCAGUUGAUUCGAAGAGCUUUUAGUAGCGCAAACGUAGAUCCGUUUUCAGAGGAAGAGUUUUCUAAGAAGAUGCAAGAGCUUACUCUCAAAUUCCAAGUCGACAACGAAACAGAGACUAGCUCCAUUGACGCUCGAUCGAUGACAACAAGUCAUAGUUUCAGUGUUGAUUCAAUGGAACCACCAUGGCCAGAGAUGGUACAAAUGUCAAGCAUCGAGAGGAAAGCAAACAGUGUCGAUCUUCCAUUGUCGCUUAGGAUCAUAAAGAGAAAGUUACAAAUGGAAGAAGGAGUUAACCAAGUCGGUGAAACAGUUUCUUGCUCUGUUAAGAAAGCUUUCUCUUCGAUGGUGUUUAUGAUUCGUGAGCUUCAGAGUUUCACACUACACAUGAGAGAGCUUCUUCUCUUUGAAGAUUUGCAAGGGAUUCUACUUCGUGUAAGAAAAGAAAUGCAAGCUUCGUUUGUUUGGUUGUUUCAACAAGUUUUCUCUGCGACUCCUACGUUAAUGGUCUCUGUUAUGAUCCUUCUCGCAAACUUCACGGUUUACUCUAUUGGAAACAACUCUGCUAUAGCCGCCGCAGCACCGCCUCCGACAACAACCACCGUGUCUUACGUCUUCGAGACGACGGAACAAAGUGAUACAAACAAGAAUUUCGAUUCCUCGAUGGUUAAGACAUUCUCUGUUUCUUCUCCGACCGGGGAAACAUCUUUUGUCGGCGGCGGAAGCGGUGGUAACAACUUACCGCCGGUACAAAGCGGAACAGACGGUGAUGGUUCUGAUCAGUUUAGAAUACCAUCUCAGUUUUCAUCAUCUUCUCUAGGUGCGGAUCCAGAGGUAUCUGUCUCGGGUCAAGAAGAGAUUAGACUGUGGAAUUCGAUCUUGGAAGAAACAGAACAAAUGGAAACUUUGGAUCACGAGAUGAUGAAGCAGUUUGUAUCUCCGGUGGAAGCUCGGUUAGAAGCAGAGGAAUCCAUGGAUCAUUUCAAAACAGAGCUUCUCUACCAAACGGGAUUAUCUCAAGAGCCUGAAAACGUUCUUCUUCUUGCUAAUUACGCUCAGUUUCUCUACCUAAUCAUCCAUGACUUCGACAGAGCGGAGAAGUAUUUCAAGAGAGCAGCGAAAGCAGAGCCAGCGGACGCAGAGGCGCUGAAUAAAUACGCGACGUUUCUUUGGAAAGCAAGAAACGAUAUUUGGAGAGCAGAAGAAACGUACUUGGAAGCAAUUUCUGCUGAUCCAACAAAUUCUUUCUACUCUGCGAACUACGCACAUUUCCUAUGGAAUACCGGUGGCGAGGACACGUGUUUCCCUCUCGAUGCUCCACCGCAACAGAACACUGGCUAA